AUCGAAAUUAAUCGAACCAGAAUCAACUCGACACAAAGUCAUUUGACUUGUAAUUAACUCCAUCAAACCUAUUGUUUACCCAAUAAAAAAAAUUAUCCAAACUGAAUAUGAACUGAUCUUAAGUUAACCUGAUCCUACCGCGAUAAGUCUUGACUUGAAAUUGACCUGACCCAAACCAAGACAGGUUAAACGGACAACCUUAACCCCAACAUACCCAACUCGUCGUAAGUCAACUUAAAUUCCAUCUAUUUAACCGAAUUGAUACCCUACCUGGAUGUAUUAAAAAAAAAGAAUGUGUUAAAAUAGAGAUUGGUACGUAUGACUUAUGAUUUAGCAUCAUGCUUACUCUUUUACAUUAUUAACCCAAAUUGAGUAACCCCUCAAUUUCCAAUUUGCAAUUUCCCACAAAAACCCUCUCCAAAAAGUCCAAAAUUAUUCUUUAUUGCUAAAACUCAACAAUUUCAAUGGAUCCUCUAAUUCUCUCUAGUUUCAGGUCCCUAAAUUUGAUGAACACAAAUAUAGAAUUGGAUGUGAAGAAAGCAGAGGGAAGACCAUUAAAUGUACCCUUAAAAGCUCCAUUUACAAUUGCAAAUUCAAGUUUAGAUAAAGUUGAAAAUGUUGGAAUUCGUAUUGAGUUGAGUAAUGGGUGUGUUGGGUGGGGUGAAGCACCAAUUCUUCCUUCUGUGACGGCCGAAGAUCAGCCUUUAGCGCUUGCUAAGGCGGCCGAGGCUUGCUUGUUUCUUAAGGAAAGUUCCCCUGUGAUUUUGAGUUUGGCUUUGAAACAGAUUUAUGGGAUUCUUCCUGGUCAUGAUUUUGCUUCUGUUAGGUCAGGGGUUGAGAUGGCACUACUUGAUGCAGUUGCCAAGAGCAUUGGAAUGCCAUUGUGGAGGCUCUUUGGUGGAGUUUCAAAUACCAUAAUCACUGACAUAACAAUUCCUAUUGUUUCAGCAGACGAGGCAUCCAAGUUGGCUUUGCAAUACAGGAAGCAGGGGUUUAAGACAUUAAAACUUAAAAUAGGAAAAAAUCUGGAUGCAGAUAUAGAAGUUUUGAAAGCAAUAAGAAAAGUUUACCCUGAUUGCUUCUUUAUCUUGGAUGCAAAUGAGGGUUACACUCCGAAAGAAGCAGUUGAAGUUCUUGACAAACUGCACGGAAUGGGGGUCACUCCUAUUCUUUUUGAGCAACCAGUUCAUAGAGAUGAUUGGGAGGGUCUUGGUUAUGUUAGCCAAAUUGCUAGAGAAAAAUAUGGGGUCUCAAUUGCUGCAGAUGAGAGCUGUCGAAGUCUAGCCGAUGCUAAGAAACUUAUUGAAGAAAAUUUGGCAGAUGUCAUCAACAUUAAACUUGCCAAAUUAGGAGUGCUUGGAGCUCUUGAAGUAAUUGAAUUGGUGGGGAAUUCUAGUUUAGAUUUGAUGAUUGGCGGUAUGGUUGAGACUAGAUUGGCCAUGGGCUUCGCUGGACAUCUUGCUGCUGGGAUGGGUUCUUUCAAGUUUGUUGACCUAGACACUCCCCUCCUACUUUCAGAGGACCCAGUAUUUGGAGGUUAUGAAGUCUCUGGGGCGGUUUACACGUUCACUGAUGCUAGUGGUCAUGGUGUUUUCCUUUGUUGGGACGAUGUUGAAUGAUUGCAUAUGAAGGCUGUAUAUACCUGUAGAGUGUAGACCCUGUAGUUUGGCAACGCGAUCGAAUAGCCUCUGUAUGACAGUUAGAUAGGGCUCCUAUUAGUUAGUUGGAUGCCUAUUAAAAGGACUUUGGCAUGCACCUCUGAAAUGUACAUAAUGUUGUUCAAGACGAGGUACAAGCUCCUCCGAAUAUUAAGGGCUUAGGAGUACCUAACUGGUUAAUAUUUUGAACCUUCUUUGGUAAUAAAGCAUGUAUCCUUUCUUGUUUUUUUAAUCACAAAUACUAAAUUAAAGUUUUUUUGUUUUUUUUUUUUUUGGUUCUUUUUCGGUUUUAUUUAGUUACUAUAGAUACUUAUUUUAAGAAAACUUUAAUUUGAAGCAUCAAGGGUUAGAAACAAGUAAAAAAGAAGGUUUUAAAAUGUCAAUUUGCGUAAAAUAAAGGAAAGUGAAAUUUUCCCCACAAAAAAAAAAAAAAAAAAAAAAA